CCCGUUUUCUCUUUUCUUUUUCUUCUUUGUUCUCUUGUUUUUUUAUGCUGUAAAACCACUCAUUCUAUAUACAUAUCUAUAUACCCUUUUUCUUCUUUUUUUCUUUUCUUAUGAUGACAUCCACACGCAGAACUCGUAAACAACAACAACAACAACAAAUAAAGAAACCCAAUAGACAGUUGACAGAAGAUAGUUCUGAUCAAGAUAGUUCUGAUGUAGGCUCAGUAACAAGGUGUAUUUGUGGUGAAUCACAUAAUCUUGGAUUAAUGGUCCAAUGCGAUCAAUGUGAAGUAUGGCAACACUGUGAAUGUAUCGGUCUUUUACAAGACAAGUUACCAGACCAUUAUUACUGUGAUCAAUGUCAACCAGAGAAUCACCAAGUAGUCAAGACAUCGAACGGAAAGUCUAAAAGACUGUAUCAUGCUGCUCUUCCUGAUUCAUCUCCGUCUGUAUCCAACUCCGAUUCAAAAUCCAUCAAGAAGCGUAAAAAGACACCUUCUCCACAACCCACAGAAGAACAACUGAGGCAAGAGGAUAUCAAACGACGUACAAAGACAGAACCAGCAAAAUCGCCUGUCAUAAAACUAGAUGAGCCUUAUUGGGAUUAUACAGAUGGAAGGCCUGCAAGAGAAAGCUCACCUCCUGCUCGAGUGAAAUAUCCUCAUACAAAAAUGUCAUUUUCAGACAUGAAUAAGCGUGCCAAGCAAAUCAUGGAAUGUAUCACUAAACUGAGGUCAGAAGAAGAGUGUCUAUCAAAGAGACAUACAGAAGAGUAUUUUACAAGGCCAAGAUCACUAUCUACCUGUUCUUCACUCAGUAGUGCAUCUACUGUACCUUUGUUAGAUGAUUUUGUUACAACAGAAGAUAGCAGCAGUAGUAGCAACAGCAGUAGUCCAAUCACACCUAUACCUUUUAUUGCCUCUACUCAGGCUACAAAGCAAAGAGAAGAGACGUGUUUAGAUAUCCUUGAACGCGUUGAUCGAGAAUUAGUCAAGUUUCAACGAAAGUUUGGUGUACUCUAUCAAUAAUUUAUUUUUUUUCUUUUGGGAAUAAAAAGUGCAUU